CGCCGCUCUCGACGUCUCGACGCCGCUCCCAACGCCCGUCCGAACAUGCCGCCGACCGCGCUGCCCCCGCUGCGCCCGCCAGCCCAGCCGUACGACUCGUACUCCUCCUCGCUCAGCCCCAGCUCGCCGCGCUUCCACCCUGCAUCCGCCCCGCACGGCCGCCGCGCGCCGUCGCCGUCCCGCCUCGAGAGCCUCCUCGACGCCCCGCACGCGCCCGCCCGCUCCCCCUCCCGCAAAAUCCGCAGCGCCCUCUCCCGCCACAUCCGCCCCCACCUCACCCCCCGCACGCUCACCCCCCUCCUCCUCUGGACGCUCGCCCUCUGGCUCGUGCACCAUUUCCUCUUCCCCUUCUCCUCCCCCCUCGCCGCGCUCUCCAGGCCCAAGGCGGAGCAGCACUUUCUCUCCACCACAUUCCCGCCCCCGCCACAGCGCCUCGGCGACGACCGUCUCGACUCGGUCGACCCCCGCUGGCGGGCAUUCCAUCCGCUGCCGCCGCCCGAGCCCCCCUUCCCCCGCCUCAGGCCGACUCGCUUCCUUCCGCCCCAGUGCUUGGAACAGUGGUUUGCAGACGGGGAGACGCUUUGCGGCGCAAAGGAGAUGGGCGAGGAAGAGACCCUCGAUGCGACGUGGCUCUGGGUGAAUGGGUCCGAUCAUCGUUGGAGAGACAGUAUGGCGGAAUGGAGAGAAAAAGAAAAUGUCAACUCGCCAGAGCGCCAUUUCCGCGAGCAAAACGAGCUGGUCCACUCGAUGAGGUCUGUCCUCGACGCCCUCCCCGGCCACCUGCGCACCUUUCACCUCAUCCUUGCCGACUACCCCUUCAACUACCCCGAAGAUUUGGACCUCGUUCCCCCUUCGAUCAUUCCUGAUCUGGAAGUGGCCGCUUCAAAGGGCGGCCAGGGCAGGCGUCACCCGCGAGAGCUUGCCCGAGCUCCUGCGUCCGUCUCCAACCUGACGGAGCGACUCACUCCAGAAUCCAUCUCCCCCUCCCUGGCCCGCCACCUCCAAUCUGAAUGGCGUAUCCUCCAAACACCCACCUGGCUCGAUUUCUCCCGUCGUGACCCGUCCGACCCUUCGCACCCGUUCCACCCUUACUCGGUCAGCAAAGCGGGCGAAAUGAGACAGCAUUAUGCCGAGGCGUCGUAUCCCACCUUGAGAUACGCCUCGCACUGGGAAGUUUUCCAUAUCCCUUCAGUUGAUCGGGAUGGCCGCGAGGAGCUUAUGGGAGAACGGGAAUGGAGGGAAAAUGAGUGGAAGAAGAAGGCGUUGCCGAGCUUCAACUCGAUGGCGAUUGAGAGUAGGAUCGGGUGGUUGCCCGGAUUGGCCGACGCCAUCAUCGCAUUGAACGACGAUUUUUUCUUGCUCCGCCCGCACGCCGUCUCCGACUUUCACUCUCCCCUCUACGGCUCCGUCAUCCGAUUCGAGCACAGCUAUAACCAACAAGUCAAGCCCGACGUCGAGAAGAACCAUAUCAACGAUCCCGGAGAGAUGGGCGGUCUCUACCACGCCAAUGCCCUCCUCUCUCGACGAUUCCCCCAUCGCCUCCGACCGUACUUUGCCCACGUGCCCAAGGUCAUCACCCGCGGUCUCCAUCACGAGGCGAGCUUGAUGUUCCAGGAAGCCUUGACGUUGAGCAGCACGAGAAAGUUUAGGGAAAUGAAGAUUGGGGAGGGUGAUGUGCAGAUGCAGUGGCUGCUCACUUCCCUCCGCGUCGAGAGAUGGCGAGAAGCUCUCCUCUGGACGUGGGUCGUGGCCAACAUGGGCACCCUCAGCGGAUCCCACGACCGCUGGGACAGUGAUACCCGUAGUGCCAUCAAGCAUUUGUUCGGCUUUACAGAAGAUGAUGAUGAUGUGGUCAAGAUUGAGGUGCAUAGAGGGGAAAGGUGGACGCUGGAGCCGGGAAGGAUGCAAAAGGUGUUUCACCAGGCUGGGUGGGAAGCACCAAAGGCAACAGAAUUCCUUUUCUCCUCGAUGGACGGUAUUAUGCCCCCUUUGCUCAGGAGCGGUGAAGACCCUUCUCAAAACGACCGAUGCAUAAUCGAUCUCAACCGAUGCUUUGGCGUUUUCUGGACUCGACAGGAAGACGUCUUGUCGGCCGAUAUGAUGAAGCGUUUGACUUUCCAGUACCCCGAAUGUGGUGACUGCAUGAUCAUGGCGCUCGUGACAGCGUCCGGCACCCUUGGCCUCAACGCCUUCUUCCCUCCUAAAGAAACAACCAUCACCGCCCCCGAACUCGGUCCCGGCGACGCUUACCCGAAAUACCUGCCUCCGCCCCACCUUCCCCUCACGCCGACAUGGCAUGAAGCCGAUUACUCGCUUUCGAAUAUCUUGUCCACGACCGCUCUCCCGGGGGAGCAGGUCGAUAUUCGACAGUACUGUAUGAGGCUCCUUUCUCGUUAUUUGUAUCUUGAUGCCAAAUCCGUGUCUCAUUUCCACAUGAUGAAAUCUGCCGAACACGCCAAAAGAGUUUUCAAGAUGAUUCAAGACAAUCCCAAGGUAUCAAUAUUGGGUAUGAACGAUGAUAUCGAGUCCGAUUAUGAUGAAGUCAAACGCCUAAUGAAUGAGUGGUUCGAGAUGAGGUGGCCGAGAAAGGCGGUAUGGGAAAGAGAUUGGGAUCCUGUAAAAGACAGAUAUCAUGACUAGACAUAGAGCGUAGGAGAUGGAAGAGAGUGCAGAAAAGUGUACUUUCUUCGUGAUCAAUUAAUUACCCACCAUUUAUCAUUAGCUAUCUGAGCUGGACUCGUGGCAUCAUCAUCCAAUGCAUUGGGCAUUGUACAUUUCUUUUUCACCACAAUAUAUAGUUGGUGUAAUUCCAAA